GAGCUGAGCGACGAGAUGGAAAUCGAAACUGUGCCCGUAAGUUUCGUUUUCCUGAUAUCAGAUGCUGCUGCUGUUGAUAAAUACGGAGACAGUCUACGCAGCGACAUUCGCAAGUCGACCAUCGUUUCAUCGCACUGCAAGAGCAUCUCAUCACCGAACAGAAUGAGCAGACCAACAGACUGGGUUCCUUCCUUGUGGAUGGAGACCUUUCAGAAUUUGCUGGCCGAUGAGCUGGAGUAUGAAGACCGGUGGAACCUCAACUUUGGCUACCAACUCACAAACGAUCUCACAAACAAUGAGAGAAAGAAAGGCUGGAAGAUCUUCAUCGAGUGUGUACACGGAAAUUUCCAGUGUUCAUCUUGCCGCAAGACCUGGUCCUCAGCACGGGUGACGCUGUUGUUCCGCUACAUACUGCGAGGGACGAGGGGGUCGGUGACCAUGAGGCCUUUUGGACAGAUCUGCCGCAGUUGCCAAGACGAUCAGUUUGAACUCCCUGGUUUUUCCGAGGAACACGUGGAAAACGCCUUACUCAGACUGUUUGCCAAAAUCCGGAAGAACUGCUACGGAGAGGACACCGGCGAAGACCAUGUUGGCGAUUCAGGAGACAGCGAGGUGAAAACCAAACCGCAUGAGAAGGCCUUGUGUCAGGCCUGCAGAGAUGGCAUCUGCUGUCAGGACGAGGAGGAGGAGGAGGAGGACGACGACGACAAUUAGAAGAGUGUGGUUGUCUGAGUGAAAGAGAAAGGGAGGCAGAGGGGUGACAGUAAAAGGCUGGCAGGGGCUGCGCAGAUGGGCUGGGGUGUUCGUUUUUGGUUUGAAUGUGUUUUGGUAUUUUAAAGUGGUCCAAUUUUUGUGUGUAUUUUUUUGUUGUUGUUUAUGUUGUCAUUUAUGUCUCUUUUGGGGAGUUUUUCCUGUGCCGAU